AUGCCCUACAAUCUCGACUGUCCUGAGUACGCAGGCAUGACGGCAGAGGAGAAAGCAGCUGCAUACCCAUCAGCGGCAUGCUUCGCCAACGACACAUCCUACUUAACCUCCAUGGCCUACUGCAUCCACACCUAUUGCCCCAAAAACGUCAAGAUCUACAGGCUUGAGUAUUUCUGGGAGGUCAAGAUGAUUUACGACUCUGAAGAUCUGACGAUUCGAUGGCCUUAUCUUGAAGCCUUGGCUCAGGUCAACACUACGACUGCGCCAAAGCCACUGUCACCAGAAGAGACCGUCUUUAACCGAACCAUCUCUAUCGAUUCCACUACCUAUCAGAGCUUUAUGAACGGUGUGAAAGGAUACAAGGAAGUCGCCAAGAAUGAGUCUAUGUACUCCAUCCUGGCCUUUAUGACUUGUGUCAUGGUCCCUAUCGGCUUCUCCCUCCUUCGUUUCCUCCCCCUCCCAACAUCCUUUAGAAGCAAGGUGUAUGGCUAUCUUAUCGACCCUCCAGCUUGGGGCAGGCAGCACAGCGUGGCUACACUUGGCAUCGGUAUGGUGCCUACCCGAGGUCAAGCUCUCUUCAUCCUCUACCUCAUCGGCAUCAAUUGCCUGGCCACGUUUGCGGGAUAUCCCAACUACGCUCCAAACGGCAUCUUUCCAGACCGUCAUUACGAGCUGAUGCGUCAUAUCGGAAAUCGUGCUGGUUCCGUUGCAUUCGCCAAUAUCCCCGUUGUUAUCUUAUAUGCUGGCCGUAGCAGUGUGCUACUUCGGCUAACCAACUGGUCUUACUCGACCUUCCUUCUCCUUCACAGAUGGACCGCCACCAUCUGCGUCAUCCAAGUCGCCCUCCAUUCGCUCCUUUGGCUUCGAAUUAUGAUUGAGGGAGACUCUUAUCCUCUCGUUCUGACAUACCCCUACUGGUAUGUCGGUGUUGUUGGAACUGUUGCCUUUUCCGCCUUGAUUCCAUUCUCGAUGCUCCCAAUCCGAAAGAUCAUGUAUGAAGUCUUCCUCAUUACGCAUAUUGUCUUAACAAUCGGCGCUUUGGUCGGUUCUUGGUAUCACAUUGUUUUCCUGUACGAAGAUAAAGGUGGCUUCGAGAUCUGGCUCAUAAUCGCCUUUUGCUUCUGGGGUCUUGAGAGAGUCCUUCGCAUUCUACGCAUCUCCAGAUAUGGCAUCAAGAAAGCAUACGUCACUCGCAUUGAUGAUAAGUAUCUGCGAGUUGACAUCCCCGAUGUCGAUGCUCAGGGCCAUUGCUUCGCCUACUUCCCCACGCUCUCUUGGCGAGUAUGGGAGAAUCAUCCUUUCUCAAUCGUCAAUUGCAGCAAAGGUCAGCUUGAUGGAGAGUCCGUUAUCCCAAGCUCCGCUUCGCACACGCAGUCUGAGAAUGAGGGUGCAAUCUCGCCUGCUGAAGCAUCGGCUUCUAAAGAGAUGGGAGGCGCCAUGUCAAACAUCCGCCAACUCAGAGUUCACAGUAACACUACCAAGCCCGGUAUCACGCUGUUUGUCCAGAACUGUCGUGGUAUGACAGCCAAGCUUGCAAAGAAAGCCGACACUGGCAUCGCGAUCCCCGUCCUCAUCGAGUCUUCUUAUGGCCACGAAGACACAACUCGAUUCGAUCCCAGCAUCGAAUACCCGAAUACCCUUGUCAUCUCCGGCGGUGUCGGCAUUGCUGGCGUCCUGUCAUGUCUCCAAGCCUCCCUGUCGAUGUACGCUAAGCCUCUGGGAACCACUAAGCUGUACUGGGGAAUUAAAAGUAAGGGCCUUGUCGAUGUUGUAAAGAGUAUGAUUGUAGGUGGAGAUGCCGGUGAAGGAAAAGAAGGUGGUGAGUCCUCCAACUGGGGCCAUAUCGAGACCCAUGUCUCGGUUGGUGAGCGCAUGGACAUAAAGAGAGUUUUGACCAAGGAAUUGGAGAACGCUAUUGGUGGAACUACUGUGGUCGUCUGUGGUCCACAUGCAAUGUGUGAUGAAGCUCGGUAUGUCUGCGCUGCAAUGGCGAGACAUGGCGUCGUUGUUCGUUAUGUGGAAGAAUCCUUCACUUGGUAG